AUGGAAAUACCUAUUGAAGUUCUUCAUAGAAUAUUUAAGGAAGGGCUAUUGAAGAAGGAUUUAUACUCUUGCUCCCUUGUAAAACGAACUUGGAGUUUGGUUGCCUUGAAAAUACUUUGGAGUAAACCCAUGAAGCCGGCCGAUACAAUUCAUACUUUAAUUUCCUGUUUAUCACAGCAAGCUAAGGACGAUUUAGUAGAAAAGGGAAUCCGUUUCGAGCAUUGGAUCAAAGUUGGAUCAAGCAUUGAUUAUCCUUCUUUUAUGGACAAGUUAGAAUAUUCAACUUUGCUGAAAUUUGUAAAUGUCUUUUUAACCAAGCAAAUCAAUCAAGAACAACAAAAAAAGAGCUUAACUUAUCAUUUGAUGGAAUACCUUUGCAAGUUAUUAAUGAAUCGAUGCGUUAAUCUAACGAAUCUUGAAUUUAGGUCUUUUGUAAUUCAAGAAAUUUUCAUUAUACCUUUUUAUCAUUUCCCAGGAGCAAAUUGUAGACUUGUCAAUAUAACAACAAUGACUUUGGAUUGUUUACUUUCUUAUUGCGAUGAAUUUUUUUAUGCACUUUCCGGAAUUUGUAAACAAAUCAAGAUUUUAAACCUCAGUCAUUUAAAGGAAAACAAAGCGUUGACUUACUUUAUCGAAUCUCUGGCAUAUUUAGAGGAAUUAUUGAUUGAAUACAGUGACGUUCAAUUUCCAACAAACAGUUCGUCUGAAAAAUUGAAAAAUAGAGCAUCUUUUCUUAAAUGUCUUGCGAUUUAUGAUAGUUCAGUUUCUACAGAUUUCUUGGCUCAAUGUAUUAAUUUAAAAAAAUUAAUAGUUUCUGGAAAUAACUUCUUUCAGAAUUCUACAAACGUGGGUUUGAACCGUCUUAGACUGGAUAACCUUGAGAAAAUCUCGAUCAAGGAAGUAUCCAAUGAACAUAUGACUAAAAUCAGAAAACUCCUUGUGCAUACCCUCAAAUCUGUUUCAUUGAAGAUUUAUUCUGGUCAUUCAUCUGAGCUGACUAAAGUCAUUGUGCAAAAUUACACAAAUUUAGUUUAUUUUAAUGGGAUAUUUGAUGAUUCUUUAACUUUUUUAUUACCCACUUUUGUUCAAAAUUGUCCAUUUCUUGAAAUAUUUAAGAUUUAUACGGAUGAUGAUUUAUCUAAUAUUGAUAUUAGUGAUGAACUAAUACGUUUAGCUAUUCUAUAG